CCAGGUCUCCUCCCAGGGCCUGCACAUCACCAAGGCACGUGAAGCAGGCCAGUGGCAGAGCCUUGGACCGCUCUCCCAGUCCAGUCCCACCAUGGACUCUGCGUGUAAGAUGGGUCACAUUCGCAAGCUGCAGGCACAGCACAUACAGAUGCAGGAGAAGACUUUCACCAAGCGGAUCAACAAUAUCUUCCAGCACGGCCGGGUGGGCAUCAAGAUCCAGAACCUGUACACAGAGCUGGCUGAUGGCACCCACCUGCUGCGGCUGCUGGAGCUCAUCUCGGGGGAGGUCCUGCUACCCCCCAGCCGGGACCACACGCGCAUACACUUCCUAGAGAACAGCAGCCGAGCUCUGGCCUUCCUCAGGGCCAAGGUGCCAGUACCCCUCAUUGAGCCAGAGAACAUCGUGGAUGGAGACCAGACGCUCAUCCUGGGACUCAUCUGGGUCAUCAUUCUGUGUUUCCAGUUUUCCCACAUCUCCCUGGACAGGGAGUUUGGGGCCAGCACAGCCCUGCUGUCUGCCAAGGAGGCUCUGCUGCUCUGGUGCCAGCAGAAGACGGCCGGUUACGCCAACGCCAACAUCACUGACUUCUCCCGCAGCUGGAGUGAUGGGCUCGACUUCCGUGCCCUCAUCCACGCCCACAGGCCAGAUCUGCUUCACUACAGCUCCCUGCGUCCCGACCGCCCGCUGCACGACCUCCACUGUGCUUUCCGCGUGGCUGCGCAGGAGCUGGGCAUCGCUCAGCUGCUGGACCCCGAGGACGUGGUGGCCCUACAGCCCGAUGAGCGCUCCAUCAUGACUCACUUCUCCUUCUACUACCACCACUUCUCCCACCUGCACCAGGGGCAGACUGUCCAGAGGAGACUCGCGAAGAUCCUGCUUCAGCUCCAGGAGACAGAGGCGCUGCAGACCCAGUGCGAGCAGCUGGUGGCCGACCUCCUGUGGUGGAUCGCAGAGAAGCCGGUGCAACUGGAGGCCCGGGAUUUCCCAGACACCCUGCCAGGCAUGCGCCAGCUGCUGGUGGCCUUUGCCUCCUUCCGCACCCAGGAGAAGACACCGAGGCUGCAGCAGUGAGGGGCCACGGAGGCCCUGCUCUUCCGGCUGCAGAUGGCACUCCGAGCCCAGAAUCGCAGGCACUUCCUGCCGCACGAGGGCCUGGGCCCUGCAGAGCUGUCCCAGAGUUGGGCAGGCCUGGAGCAGGCAGAGGCCUCGUGCAGCCAGGCCCUACAGCAGAGGUUCCUGCAACUAGAGAGGUUGGAAACCCUGUCCCGGCGCUUCCAGCGUAAGGUGGCCCUCCAGGAGAGCUUUCUGACAGACACAGAGCAGGUGCUGGACCGGGCCGCAGCCCCACCGGCCAGCCCGGCCACAGUGGAAGCGGCCACCCAGAGGCUGCACAUGCUGGAGGCCGGCACCCUGCCCCAGGAGGGGUGCUUCCAGGCCCUGGCUGAGAUUGCAGACAUCCUCCAGCAGGAGCACUACCAUGGCUGGGCAGAGGUGGCCUGCAGGCAGUUGGAGAUCACUCAGUGCUGGGAGCGGCUCCUUCCGCGGCUCCAAGGGCAGAGGAAGCAGAUGGCAGGCAUGCAGGCUGUGCUGAGCCUGCUGCAGGAAGUAGAUGCCUCCAACCAGCUCAACCAGCUGCAGGUGCUGGCCAUCUCCAUGGCCUGUGGGCAGCAGCUGGCAGAGGUAGUGGAGCUGCUUCAGGGGCAUGACCUGCUGGAGGCCCAGAUCUCGGCCCAUGGCGCCCACGUGAGCCAUCCUGCCCACCAGACAACGGAGCUGGAUUCUUCCCUGGGCACUAGUGUGGAAGUGCUGCAGGCCAAGGCCAGGGUGCUGGCCCAGCUCCACCAGAGCCUGGUGUCUCUUGCCAGGUCCCGGCGGGCCUUGCUGGAGCAGACCCUGCAGCGGGCAGAGCUCCUGCACAACUGUGAGGAGGAGGACGCCUGGCUGAGGGAGCGGGAACAGCUGGUGGAGGAUGCGGCCCUGGGCCCGGAUCUCAGCCAGAUCGCUGCGGCCCUGCAGCAACACAAGGCCCUAGAAGCCGAGCUCCGCCGCCACCAGUCCGUGUGCACUGAUCUCGUGCGGAGGGGACGCGACCUGGGUGCACACGGGCCCCGAUCGGCGGUGUAGGGCGCGUGGCAGAGGCUCUGGGCCCGGGCGGCGGGGCGGGGCGCGCGGCUGCAGGCGGCCCUGCUUGUCCAGCAGUACGUCGCCGACGUGGCGGAGGCAGCCUUGUGGCUCCGGGAGCAGCGGUCAGCGCUGGAGAGCACGUCCUUUGGGCAGAACCAGGCAGCCGCUGAGGCCCUGCUGUGGCGCCACCUGCGGCUGGAGCGCGCAGUGCGCGCCGUUGGGGCCGAGCUGCGGCAAUUGGACGAGCCCGCGGGGCGGCCGCAGCCCGGGCGUCGUCGCUCCUGGUGCGUGGUGUCUGCGCUGAGCUCUCCGAAAGAAGGCCCAAGAAACCCAGGGGCCCCGCGUGAGGUUUCCUGCUACUCUGGCCCCCGGGGCAUCCAGAAGAUGGCCCUCCCAGAUGAGCCUGACCCUGACUUUGACCCCAACACCAUCCUCCAGACACAGGACCACUUGAGCCAGGACUAUGAGGGCCUGCGGACCCUGGCAGAGCACCGCAGGGCCCGGCUGGAGGAGGUGGUGGCCCUGUUUGGCUUCUGUGGCUCCUGUGGGGAGCUGCAGUCCUGGCUGGCAAACCAGACAGGGCUGUUCUGAACACUGCAGCCCCAGGACAACUUGGAGGUCAUGCAGCUCAAGUAUGAGAAAUUCUUCACUGCCCUGGCUGUGGGAAGAGGCCUCUGGGCUGAGGUUAGCAGCUCCACUGAGCAGCUGAAGCAGAGAUGUCCUGGAGAUUUCCCCAAAAUCCAGCGACAGCAGGAGGAACUGAGCUGCAGGUGGGAGCAGCUGGAGGCCCUGAAGAAAGAGAAGGAAACACAGCUGGCAUGCACCACGCAUGUGUGCGGUUUUCUGCAGGCGUGUGGAACCACAUGGGUCCAGCUGCAAGACAUGAUACUCCAGCUAGAAACCCUGGAGCCGGGGCACUUAGAGGACAGCCACCGCUGUCAAGUGAGCCAGCAGAAGAUGCUGGCGCGGGAGAGAGGCAAAGGGCCGCUAGCGAGUACGGCCUGGGUUCGGGUCGAGGACCUGGGCCCCACAGAGAGCCAGUCCCUGCAGGGACAGGUGGAGAUGCCACAGGGGCUGCUGGAGCGAGUGCAGGAGCAAGUGACCCGACGGUCCCGGGCCCAGGCCGAGGCGCAGGCCCGCCAGGGCUUUCUGCAGGGGAGCCGGCGGCUGCUGUGGGCAGGCGGUGUCUGGACUCAGCUGCACAGCGAGGAAGAGGAGGUGGUGGACGUGGCCUCAGCCCAGCGGCUUCUGGUGGAGCACCAAGACCUGCUGGAGGAGAUUCACCUGCAGCAGGAGAGGCUGCAGCGGCUGGAGGCUCAGGGCCAGCGCAUGGCAGCCUUGGACUCCCCGGACUCCCGAGAGGCGGCCGGUACCCUGAGGCUCCUGGGCCAGCAAGGCAGGGAGUUGAAGGCAGCCUGGGAGCAAAGACAGCAGCGGCUGCAGGAGGGGUUGAAGUUGCAGAGGUCUGGUCGAGAAGUGGAUGUUUUCACUGCCACCUGUGCCAACCACGAGACCUUCCUACAGCUGGGCAGCCUCACGGAGGACGUGGGGGAGGCCCAGAGCCUGCUGCAGCGGCACCAGGAGUUUGAGCGGCUCCUGGAUGCCCUGGGCCCUCGAGCAAAGGAUCUGCGGGCACGUGGCAAGAAGCUGGCUCAGAGCCAACACAAGUCCUCAUACCAGCCCUCACCCCCACUCUGUGAUACCCACUCUCCCCUGGUUCCUGGGCAGGAAUGGAAGCAGGACGUGGCAGAGGUGACACUGUGGAUGGAGGAGAAGUGGCGGAUGCUGGCGGACGAGCCAUCCCGAGCUGGCAACAUCCUGCAGAAACUCAGGUGGAACAAAACAGCUGAGCGUGAGCUGGUGGCCACCCAGGGGCACGUGGAGGGCCUGCAGCAGGUUAAGAGAGAGCUGUUGAGCAGCAGGCCCCGUGCCCAGGAGGACGCGCAGGCCGGGCUUCAGGGCCUGAGCAGCAAGUGGGAAGAGUUGAACCGCCAAAUGGCAGAGCAUGGGAAGCAGCUCCGGCAGGCUCGGCAACAGGACCAGCUCCUGGGGCUGCUGCAGGAAGCCAAGGAGAAGAUGGAGCAGCUAGAGGGGGCCCUGCAGAGUGCAGAAAUGGGGCAGGACCUGGGCUCAAGCCGGGGGCUGCAGAGACAGCACCGCCAGCUGGAGGCCUAGAGCCAGGCGCUGGCCAGCAAGAUGGCUGCCCUCGUUCCCCAGGCCCCCCAGGUGGUCAAUACCCAGACCAUCGUGGAGGAGACCCAAAAGUACCUCCAGAGGUUCGAGUCCCUUCAGGGAUGUCUGGCCGCCCAGUGACUGCAGCUGCAGGCCUCCGUUGAACUGUACCGGUUCCACCACCUGAGCUACAUGGAGCUCACUUGGGUGGCAGAGCAUAUGCCUGCACCCAGCGCUGGCUCCGAUAAAUACUUGGAUGGUGCCCACAGUCUUCUCCACAAGCACGAGGAGCUCCGCGCGGAGGUGGAAGCCCACCAGGGACAGGUGCAACGGGUGUUGGGUUCCGGCCGCAGCCUUGCAGCCUCAGGGCGCCCCCAGGCCCAGCACAUCGUGGAGCAGUGCCAGAAGCUGGAAGGCCGCUGGGCGGAGCCGGAGCAGGCCUGUGAGUAUUUCCUGGACGUAUCAGAGCUGGAGGACUGAGUGGGGGAGAAGUGGCCUCUGGUGAGCAGUCAGGACUGUGGCGGGGACGAGACAGGCACGGUCAGGCUCAUCAAGAAGCACGAGGCCCUGCAACAGGAACUGGCUUACUGGAGCUCCAUGGAGGAGCUUGACCAGAGAGCCCCAACCCUCACUGGCCCCGAGGCCCCUGUGCAGCUGGGCGUGGUGCAGGAGAGGCUCCGGGAGCGGCUGCGGGCACUGCAGGAGUUGGCAGCCACACGGGAGCGGGAGCUGGAGGGGACCCUGAAGAUGCACGAGUUCAUGAGGGAGGCCGAGGACCUGCAGGGCCAGCUGGCCAGCUAGAAGCAGGCAGUCAGAGGAGGAGAGAGCCUUGGGGAGGACUGCCAGGACGCUCUGCGCUUCUGCACCAAGCUUGCAAAGUUUCAGCACCAAGUAGAGAUGGGGGGCCAACGGGUGGCAACCCGCCAGCAGCUGGCAGAGAGCCUGCUAGAAUGUGGGCACAGCGCUGCCCCCAAGGCCCGUCAGAUGCAGCAGGAUCUGCACGCUGCCCGGUUGGAGCUGUGGGCGCUGACCCAGGCCCACAGCCGCCUGCUCCGAGAUGCUGAGAUCACCCUCAAAGUUCACAGAGGUCUGUUGGAAGCCCUCACCCAGGUCCAGAAAGCCACAAGCCUCCCCUGUGGUGUGGCCCGGGACCUGUGUGGGCUGGGGGCCCGGCUGAGGAGACAGGGGCUGGAGCGUGAACUCGUGGGCACUGAGCGGCAGCUUCAGGAGCUGCUGGAGGCUGGAGGAACGGUGCAGAAGCUGCACCGUGGGGUGGCGGUGCAGCAGAGGCAGCGGGCCCUGGUGCAGGCUUGGGAGGCCCUGAAGCUGCACGUGGAGCAGCGCCAGGCCCAGCUGGAGCGGGCACGGCUCCUGGCCGGCUUCCAUGCAGCGGUGCGGGACUGCACCUCCUGGGCGCGUGUGUGACAGGAGCUGCAGGUGGAGGAGAUCUCCCAGGAGCCCGGCAGUGGCCCGACGCUGAAGCUCAGCGCCCACCGACAGCUUCGGGCAGUGCCGGAGGCCCAGGAGGAGCUGCACCAGCAGGCUGCCCAGGUGGGCCAGCAGGCACUUUUGGCUGCAGGGACAUCCAUCAAGGAGGUCCAGGAAGGGCUGCAAGUCCUGUGGGACAAACAGGAGCAGGUGUUCCAGGCCUGGGAGCAGAAACAGGAGAGGCUGCAGGCCAGGCACCGGGAGCUGCUCUUCCUCAGAAAGUGCGGCCACCUGGACGAGACCCUCACGGCCCGGGAGGUCUUCCGGAGAACCAGUGCCCUGGGGAACUCUGUGGAACAGGUGGAGCAGGUGAUUCGCAAGCAUGAGACAUUCCAGAAGGUGCUGACUGCCCAGGACGAGAAGGGAAUGGCCCCACCCCACCCACCGGAGGCGGCUCUGUGUGAGCAGGUGAAGAUGCUCGGGGGCCCCAGGGCGCAGGACCUGCUCCGCACCGUGCUAGGGCGCCGGGCUCGGGUGAAGGAGCUGGCGGAGAGCCGGGGACACACCCUGCACGCCUCCCUGCUGAUGACUGCCUUCAUCAGGGCCGCCAUCCAGGCCGAGGACGGGAUCCAGGAGUGACUCCAGCAGCUGAAAGAACCAGUCCCUCCUGGGGACCUGAAAGAUAAGUUGAGGCACGUGCAGAAACACCAGGCCUUCGAGGCUGAGGUCCAGGCCCAUGAGGAGAUCAUAACCUCUGUUGCCAAGGGGGGUGAGGCUCUCCUCGCACAGAGCCACCCUCUGGUGGGAGAGGUCUCCCAGAGGCCGCAGGCACUGGGAGAAGCUGAAGCAGGGCUGGCUCUCCGGGGCCAGGACCUGGAGGACAAGCGGAACUUCCUGGAGUUCCUGCAGACAGCGGACAUUGCAGAGGCCUGGAUCCAGGAGAUGGAGGUGAUGGUGAACAUCGGCGACCUGGGCCAGGACCUUGAGCACUGCCUGCAGCUCCACAGGCGGCUCCGCAAGCUCCGAGGAGUCUGGGCCGGGGACACGGUGUAUGAUGCCCACAUCACGAGCAUCAAUGACUUGUCCCUGCAGUUCAAGAACCAGGACCCUGAGCAACUCAAGACCACCUGCCAGCGGUGACAGCAGCUCAACAACAGGUGGAACAGUUUCCAUGGCAACAUGCUCUGGUACCAACGGCAACUUGAAGGGGCCCUGGAGAUACACACGUUGUCCCAAAAGCUGGAUGACCUCACUCAGCAGAUCGGGGAGAAGGCCACCCUGGUCCAGGCCCUGGACUGUGGGAAAGAUCUGGCGAGCAUGCAGAGGCUGAGGCGGAAACGCGAGGAGUUGGAGCAGGAAAUAGGCCUCAUCCAGGCCCAGGUGGAGCCUGUAGAGCAUGAGGUAGGCCACUUCCGCCAGAGAAGCCCUGAGGCCGCCCACAGCCUGGGCCGCAAGCAGCAGGCGAUGAUGGGCAGCUGGUGGCAGCUCCGGAGUGGGGCCCAGAAGCGGAAGGAGUCGCUGGAUGCCUUGCACCAAGCUCAGAAGCGGCAGGCAACGCUGCAGGAAUUGCUGAUCUGGGCCCAGAGGCUACGAGCUGAGAUGGACGCCCAGAGCACCCCCAGCAGCCUUGCGGAUGUCCAGAGCAUGUUGGAGGAACACCAGGAGCGCAAGGCCAAGCUGGAUGCCCGAACAGACAGCAUCAGCCUGGCCCGAAGCACUGGGCAACGACUGCUUGCCGCCUGGCACCCAUCCACCCCCGACAUCCGCCAGGCCCCGGCUGGUUUAGACCGGGAGCUGAACAGCCUGGAAGGGGCCUGGCAGGAGCACCAGCUCCAGCUGCAUCAGGCCUUGGAGCUACAGCUGGUUCUGAGCUCUGUGGAGCAGGUGGAAGGUUGGCUCUGCAGCCUGGAAGCCUGCCCAGCCAGUGAGGGUCUGGGGGACUCCUUGCUUGACGUGGACACCCUGCUGUGGAAGCAGAAGAUGCAUGAGCGAGACCUGGAGGCACAGGCGGAGAAGAUCAGCGCGCUGGAAGCCUCCACCCGCAGCCUGCACCAGGGUGGACAGCCCGAGGCCCAGGGUGUCCUGGGCCGGUGCCAGGCCAUGCUCCUGAGGAAAGAGGCACUCCUGGAGCAAGCCAGGACCUGUCACCGCCAGCUGGAGGAGCAGCUGCAGGCUUCCCUGCAGGGUUCCUACGAGGUGGCCGCAUGGCUGAGGGAGAAGAACCUGGUGGUCCUGGAAGAGGGCUGGCAGGCCCCAGCUGGGCUGCAGGCACAGUUGCGGCGGCAGCAGAAUCUCCAGGCCGAGCAGGACAUGAGUGUACACCACCAGCAAAGGCUGCAGACGGAGGGGCAGAGGCUGCUGCGGGAUGGCCUCACAUCCUCAGAGACCAUCCAGGAGCGGCUGCAGGAGCUGAGAGAACUCUGGGAGGAGCUACAGGCCAACUGCCAGAGGAAGGCAGCCAAGCUACAGGAGGCCCGUGAGGCCCUGCGUCUCCAGCAGAGCGUGGAGGAACUGGAGAAGUGGCUGGAGCCCGUGGAGCUCAAACUGAGAGCCCCCAUCAGGGGCCCAGAGCAGCCUGGGCUGGACGAGCUCCUGGGGGCUCAGGGAGAGCUGGACAGGCAGGCCGGACCUGCACAGGCCUUUGUCCGGGAAGGCCACUGCCUGGCUCAAGACGUGGAAGAGCAGGCCCAGCGGCUGCUUCAGAGGUUCGAGAGCCAGCGGGCGCCCCUGCGGGAGCGCAGGACAGCCCUGGAGGCCCGGAGCCUCCUCCUGCAGUUCUUCAGGGAUGCCGACGAGGAGAUGGCCUGGGUGUGGGAGAAGCUGCCCCUGAUGGCCGCCCGGGACUGCGGCCAGAGCCCUAGCGCCCUGCGGCGCCUGCAGGAGAAGUGCCACAACCUGGAGACUGAGAUGAGCAGCCACGAGGCUCUGACCCGGGCGGCGGUGGGCACAGGCCGCGAGCUGGUGCAGGCUGGGCACUUUGCUGCCCGCGACGCGGCUGCCCGGGCACGGCAGCUGGAGGAUGCCGUGGGCCACCUGCAGGCAGAGGCUGCGCAGAGGCGACAGCGGCUGCAGCAGGCUCGGGAGGCCCAGCAGUCCCUGAUGGAGCUCCCAGAGGCAGAAUCCUGGCUGGAAUAACGGGGCUGUGUUCAAGAACGGGACAUCGAGGAUAUGGGCCAGAGUGCCGAGGCCACGCAGGCCUUUCUGCGGUGGCUGGAGGCCACCAGGAGAGACCUGGAGGGGUUCAGCAUGCGCAUCGAGAGGCUGCAGCAGACAGCAGCCCUCCUCGAGAGCGGGCAGAACCCAGAAACCCCCAGGUUGCUCGCCCUGAUGCUCGCGGUGAGGAACACCCACUCGGCGCUGUUGCAGAGAGCGGAGGGCAGGGAGCAAGGCCUUCGGGAGCAGCUGCAGCUCCACCAACUGGAGCGGGAGGCCCUGCUCCUGGACGCCUGGCUGGCGAGCAAGGUGGCCACUGCCGAGUCCCAGGACUACGGGCAGGACCUGGAGGCCGUCAAGGUGCUGGAAGAGAAGUUCGAUGCUUUCAGAAAGGAAGUCCAGAGCCUGGGACAGGCCAAGGUGCAGGCCCCGCGGAAGCAGGCAGGCUCCUUGGAAUGGGUGGCACCCAGGUGCUCUCCCCAGAUUCAAGGGCAGCGGAGUCACAUCGAGGCCGCUUGGGAGAGACUGGACCGGGCAGUGAAAGGCCGCACACAGAACCUGGCCAUGGCCCGUGAGGUCUGCGGCUUUGAGCAGGCGGCAGCCGAGCUCCGGGGCUGGAUGCAGGAGAAGGCGGCCCUGGUGGCAAGAGAUGCCUGUGGCCGCAGCCCGGCGCCGGUGCAGACCCUGCAGCAACAGCACAGAUGCCUGGAGAGGCAACUGGCAGCGAUGGAAAAGGAGGUGGCCCAGGUGCAGAUGGAGGCCUGCCAGCUGGGCCAGCUACACCCUGUGGCUCAGGAGGACCUGGCCAAGCAACUGGCUGAGGUGCAGGAGGCCUGGGCCACCCUGAAUGCGAAGGUCCAGGAGCGGGGUCAGCUGGAGGAGGCUGCCCAGGGCCACGCCUUCCUCGGACGCUGUCGGGAACUGCUAGCAUGGGCUCAGGAGAAGCAGGGGCUGGUGUCCUCAGAGGAGCUGGCUGGGGAUGUGGCUGGGACCGAGCGGCUCCUGGAGCUGCUUGAGGAGCUGGGGCAACAAGUCAAGGGGCACUGCCAUCAAGCCCAGAAUGUACAGCAGGAAGGGCAGCAGCUGGUGGACAAUGGCCACUUCAUGUCCCUGGAGAGCGCGCCGUCCCCCCAGAUGACAGAGUGCCUGCAGGAGCUGGACGGUCGGCCGCGGGCACUCAGGGAGGCCUGGGCCCUGCGCCGGGAGCGCUGUGAGGGGAGCUGGCAAUUGCAGAAGCUGCAGCAGGGGCUGGACCAGGCCGAGGCCCGGCUGGCCUGCCGGGAGGACCUCCUGCUGGACCCCAACGGCGGGGUCUGGGCCCUGAAGUGAACCUGCAGGUGGCACCAAACCUCAGGGCUACAAGCGAGGACACCCUCAAGGGGACCAGGAGACCCAGCUAUCAGGCCCCUGGGACCAACUUCUGGAAUAGACGCUCCACCUUCAUCAGGGGCUCCUGAAAACCAUGAAGCCUCCAAUCACAAAGAUGGGACACCCCGUUGCCUUCAACCCAGCCCAAGCCACGUCCCAUGACAGCCCCAUGCUCCCUUGGGCGCCAGCCAUCUCCACAGGGGCCAGGCCUGAGGCCUGAAGACAGGGAUACUCAGAGAACUCCUCUCCCAGAGCCUGGCCUGGCAUUUGUCCAGGGCCUGGCCCAAGGACAGAAGCCGCUACAGAAGCAGGCCCGCCCUUCAAGGCCUGGGGCCUGGGCCCAGCCCCGCCCGCGCAUCUGGCUUUCUUC